GUUAUCAUAAAUCAAACUUUAAGUAUACUGAUUAUGAAACCUUGGUUAAUUUUCAGGGUUACUUUGUUCUCCUCUCUUGGAUGCCGGUUUAUUUCAAAAGCGCAGCAUGGUUUAGUGCAGUUCCAUGGGAAACAAUGGCAUUUUCAGGUUAUCUAGCUGGUACUGCAUCAGAUUUCUUAAUCAAUGCAGGGUACCCUACAACAUUUGUCCGUAAAUUAAUGCAGACAAUUGGAUUUAUUGGGCCAGCUGUGACCUUGCUAUGCUUGAAUUAUGCAAAUACACCAACAAUUGCUGCUACACUCUUGACUGCAGCUUUGAGUUUGAGCUCUUUCAGCCAAGCUGGAUUUAUGCUCAACAUACAAAUAAGUCUACACCACACAAAAGUCUGCAUAUACUCUAAAACUUUAACCAUUAUAUUAUAUACUUAAGACAUUUCAUUGAACUUACAAAUAUAAUAAUGAGGCCUUAACCUCACAACACUUUUUACAUUUUACAUGAUCAAGACAUUGCUCCUCAGUAUGCAGGAAUUCUACAUGGUAAGAAGUUGGGCAAAUUUGUUGGGAAUGUUCUUUUUGUUUUUCCCCUUGUGUUUAGCUUUAAUAUCUCUCUAUUCCAUAUAAUAUGCAUAUUUUUUUGUUAUAGUUUCUAUAAUUUUCUUUCGUUUUAGUUUUAGUCCCUGUAAUAUUGAAAAAGUUGUUUCUAAUCCUUAUUGUUUAUUUCCUAUAAACAUUUGUGCAA